UUACCGACCUCUUCAAUUCCGUCCAGACAUCCAUUCUCCUUCUUAUUCUUCAGGUCGCCGCCUCUAUUUAUUUUUUGGUUAUUCUCUUUGGUCACAUUUCUCUGCUCCUUCCUUUUCACACUCUCUCUUCACGCAUGCAUUUGACAUCACAAGACAUGGCGGAUUGGCCUCCCCACCCAUCUGUUGUUCAGAAAUUUGGUAGUCAAUUCAAUCUCCAUUCCUGCUAUUCUCAAGAUGUGCAGACCCAGAACAGUAUCUUACAAAAAAAGAAUGCUUCUCAUGAGAGACGCUUCACUUAUGGAAAUUACAGAAAUGGUUCCCUUCAGAAUCCAUUGAUGAAGAUGCAGGGAAUGCAUAUGCAUAGGCGUGAUCUGUCUACAACACUGACUUCCAUGUCACCCGUCAUGAUGGUCCAAGCACCUGCAGAGAAAGGAGCAGCAGGUUUCAUUAUUGACUUCCUGAUGGGUGGAGUCUCAGCAGCUGUAUCCAAAACAGCUGCUGCUCCUAUUGAACGUGUGAAGCUUUUGAUUCAGAACCAAGAUGAGAUGAUCAAGGCUGGUAGACUCUCUGAACCUUACAAGGGAAUUGGAGAAUGUUUUGGUCGGACAAUAAAGGAGGAAGGAUUUGGCUCAUUAUGGAGAGGAAACACAGCUAAUGUCAUCCGCUACUUCCCCACUCAGGCCUUAAACUUUGCAUUCAAGGAUUACUUCAAGCGUAUGUUUAACUUCAAGAAGGACAGAGAUGGGUAUUGGAAAUGGUUUGCUGGAAACUUAGCUUCAGGUGGUGCUGCUGGUGCUUCUUCCCUCUUCUUUGUCUACUCCUUGGAUUAUGCUCGAACCCGUCUGGCUAAUGAUUCAAAGGCAGCAAAGAAGGGAGGAGAAAGGCAAUUCAAUGGUUUGGUUGAUGUAUACAAGAAAACAAUGAAGACUGAUGGGAUUGCUGGUCUCUACCGUGGCUUCAACAUUUCCUGUGUGGGAAUCAUAGUUUAUCGCGGUCUCUAUUUUGGAAUGUAUGAUUCUCUCAAGCCAGUGUUGCUGACUGGAAAACUUCAGGAUAGUUUCUUUGCGAGUUUCGCGUUAGGUUGGGUGAUAACAAAUGGAGCAGGGCUUGCAUCCUACCCAAUUGAUACUGUUCGUAGAAGAAUGAUGAUGACUUCUGGUGAAGCAGUCAAAUACAGUAGCUCCAUGGAUGCAUUCUCACAGAUUCUAAAGAAUGAAGGAGCAAAAUCUUUGUUUAAGGGUGCCGGUGCCAACAUCCUACGUGCAGUUGCAGGUGCUGGUGUGCUUGCUGGCUAUGAUAAAUUGCAGGUGAUAGUUUUUGGAAAGAAGUAUGGAUCUGGUGGCGGCUAAGGAUGCUCUAGCAGUUCAAUCUUCGAAAGGAAGACAGAAGAGAAUUGAAGUCUUAAAUGUUGAGUUCAAUUGAACAGAGGCGGAUCUUUUCUUGGUUCUUUCUUUAGUUUUAAACAAUUCAAAAUCAAAUCAUCAAUGAGAGACAAUGAGAG